AUGUCAGCUUUGUGCAACGCCAUCGCUUUCAUUGUUGUUCUAGUUGUGGUAUCAUGCGUUCAGGCGACUCUUUCACAAACAAUUAUUACUAUAUCAGGUGCUUCGUCCGGUGCAACAAUGGCCACCCAAAUGCAUUUUGCGUUCUCGAAUGAAAUCAGUGGCUGUGCCGUCUUGGCUGGCCCACCUUACUAUUGUGCUGGUAAUAUCUUGACAGCUGCUGCAUGCAUGACGGGUCCGGUUACAUCGGUUUCUGUACCAGUGCUCGAACGCCAAUUGAAAUCCUACGAGAAAGAUGGCAGUAUCGAUAGGCUAGCUAAUAUAAAAGAUGACCCAGUUUACAUUUUUUCUGGGAAAUAUGAUCCAGUAGCUCUUCCUGGUUUGGUCAAACUGAAUGAAAAACUAUAUUUACCAUUAGGUGCAAACCUCAAAACCAACUACGAUAUGCCGGCUACGCAUGGCUUUCCAACAGAAACCUUUGGUGGUAAAUGUGCCAUUCCGAACUUGGACACUUAUAUCAACAACUGUAAUUUCAGUUUGGCUUACGAUUUGCUGAAUCAUCUUCACGGCAAUCAUUUGAUCAAACCGGAAUCGGGUUUCAAAACUCCACUCGUCGGUCAAAUGAUAUUGUUUGAUCAAGAAGCAUUCAUGUACCCUCCGCCAUUAUUAAGUGUUGGUAACAAUCCUUCAUCCCGAUGGAUUGAAGACAGUAUUUCAUUGUACAACCCCAUCGAUUGGGGUUGGCCAACCUCGGGUCUUUUUAAUUGGACAGUAUCCAGUGUUACAGUGCCGAUACGACGCAAAGCGGCAAAAACACGUGCAUCUUCGCUCAGUUUUGACAAUGAAGGUUUUGUCUAUUUUCCAUCAGCUUGCACUAGAGGUCAGGAGUGUUCUAUCCAUGUAGCACUGCACGGAUGCAAGCAAGGUAAAGCUUAUGUUGACGAUGUCUUCGUUCGAAAGGCUGGUUAUUUGGAAGUAGCCGAACUCAACAAUUUGAUUGUGAUCUUUCCACAAGUCCGUUCAUCGUUGCUUUUUCCCAUGAAUCCAAUGGGUUGUUGGGAUUGGUGGGGAUAUACGAAAAACAAUUUCGCUACCAAAAAUGGUCCACAAAUGUCUGGCGUGAAAAAGAUGAUUGACACUGUGCGUAUGAUAAAUCGAGCUAUUGCUGCAGCCGUCUUAAAAUAA